AUGGCUGCCAGGCCAGUUGUAACAGUCUAUAAUGAAAAGAAUGAGCCUUCUGGCACUGAAGUCAAACUCCCAGCCGUCUUCCGUGCUCCUAUCCGCCCUGAUGUCGUGAGCUUCAUCCACGAUCAGAUCGCCAAGAACAAGCGUCAACCUUACGCCGUUUCCGACAAGGCCGGUAAGUUGCAUCGAAGUUUUUCAUGUUCUGUGUUCAGGUCACCAAACCUCUGCCGAGUCUUGGGGUACCGGACGUGCUGUUGCUCGUAUUCCUCGUGUCCGGGGUGGUGGUACUCACCGUUCUGGUCAGGGAGCUUUCGGUAACAUGUGCCGUGGUGGAUCUCUCGCCGCCCCAACAAAGACUUAUCGCCGUUGGCACCGUCGGGUCAACGUUGCUCAACGCCGAUUCGCCGUUGCCUCCGCGAUUGCAGCUUCUGGAGUUCCUGCUCUCGUACAGGCUCGCGGUCACGUCAUCGACAAGUUGAACGAGAUCCCACUUGUUGUCUCUGACAAGAUCGAGGGGCUUAAGAAGACCAAGGAUGCCGUUACUUUCUUGAAGCGUGUGAACCUCUGGGACGAUAUUGAGAAGGUGGGUUUCUUAUAUUAUUCAAAUUGGAAGAUUUGUUUUGAAUUUUGGAGUAUUAAGGUGCAUGUUUUUAGGUCUAUGCCUCCAAGCGUCAACGCGCCGGUCGUGGAAAGAGCCGCAACCGUCGCCACAAGCAGAAGCGCGGACCAGUCAUUGUCUACGGAAACGAUGGAGGUAUUGCCCAUGCCUUCAGAAAUAUCCCAGGCAUUACCCUCCAGAAGGUCACUUCCUUGAACUUGCUCAAGCUGGCCCCAGGAGGACAUCUUGGACGUCUGAUUGUCUGGACCGAGAGCGCUUUCCGCAAGUUGGAUUCCAUCUUUGGAACCCUCACCCGCAAAUCCGACCAAAAGAAAGGGUGGAUCCUUCCCCGCGCCAAGAUGGUCAACUCCGACUUCAAGCGUAUCAUCAACAGCGAGUCUGUUCUGCAGGCUGUGAUCCACAAACCAAUCAAGGCAACAGUCCGCAAGGUCCACCGCAACCCACUUAGGCAGAAGAAAAUCUUGGCCAAGCUGAACCCAUACUCCGAAGUAAUCCGCCGUGCUGCCGUCUUGGCCAACGCCAAGGUAGCGCAAAAAUAA